UGUUUAUUCGAAAAAUAAUGCCAAAAGUGGUGUCCCGCAGCAUUGCAUGUUCCGACACCAAGGACCAGGAGGAAUACGGCGAUGAGAAACCGCUCCACAUUUAUUACUGCUUGUGCGGGCAGAUGACUCUGAUUUUAGAUUGUUCGAUAGAGAGACUUCCUUUGCGUAAGAGGGACGGCGCGCGUGUCCUGGACGGGACAAACCACGCACAUAAGAUAACCUGUGAUAAUGACGAAACUGUACAUAUUAAAAGACCUGAAGGGAUAGAGCGGCAGUACAGGCUCAAGUGUAAAAAAUGUGGGCUCCUUUUGUACUACAAACACGAUCCCCAAAGCCCCAUCAGUUUCAUAGUUAAGGGGUCGCUGAUCAAGUCCACGAAUGAGGGGCCCAUUAAUGAUAUUUACAACCAGGUGGCUGUCGAGAAGCCUAAGAAAAUCAUGGUGACGAAACAUACGAAAAACAUGGGGAAAUUUAGUUCCGUCACCGUGUCCACUAUUGAUGAAGAAGAGGACGAGAUCGAAGCGAGGGAAGUGGCGGAUAGUUACGCCAACAACGCCCGCAUCAUUGAAAAACAACUCGAACGCAAAGGCAUGAACAAGCGCAAGUCGGACGCGACGAAACCGCAAGACAUGAAAAAAAUCCGCGGCACCCUAAUAGACAAAUAAACUUUAUUGUGAACAAUCUUAAAUAUAUUACAUUUCUUACGAGAUUUAAGUUAGGAUAAUAAAAAAUUUAGACUAGUCAACGGUUUGACAAUAAAGGCGUUGUUUCUUGGGCAGUA